AUGAUUACCUACGAUGCUAUUGCAUUAAAAGAUUCGCGAACUUUCGGCUUGGCAGGAGAAAAAAUAGUAUGUGUGACACGGGACGAAAGUACUACAUCCUCACCCGCGUGUUUGCCACCCUCGCCUUCGGCUCGGGUGGCAAUCACACACGCGGGACAGAAUGUACCUUCACCCGACAAUUCAUCAUCCGUGAAAGAAAACAUGCCAAAAAAAAACGAAAAGCCAAUUCCAAUAUACCCUAUCUGCAAUAUAAAGGAUAUAAAUUACAUGAACGUUGAAUUUUUAGUUCGAACAACAAAUUUCGACGUGAACAAAGUAUCUACCUAUUUAAUUGGGAAGAAAAAGCAAACAACAACAUUACUAUCCGUAGCAAUUUACAAUAGAGACGAAAAAUUAUUAGAUUACCUGUUAGAAAAGAACGCGGACGUUAAUUUAAGGCCCUGUUUAUACUCACUAUCUUUUGCGCGCUUUGCUGUUAAAAACGACGACGAAAUUCUGCUCCGAAAAUUGGCAGCUCACGGCGUUGAUAUCGAGGAUGUUUCAAUGCCGGGAAAGCAAACUAUUUUAUUUGACGCAGCUUACAAUGGAAAAUCUAAAAUGGUGGAAAUAUUAAUCGAGCAUAACGCCAAUUUGCAUCACGAAGACUUUCACAAGACAACUCCGUUAAUAAUUUCGAGAUCUUAUGAAGUAACGAAGAUUUUGCUUGAAAAGGGAGCUAAAGUAAACGCGAUGUCGGAAUUUUGCGGGUCAGCAUUGAUGCAAGCAGUUCGGUCCGUAGAUUUAUCUAGAAUACAAAUUCUUCUGGAUUACGGAGCGGAAAUAAAUUGCGUGAAGAGAAAUCAUUCGGGAGCUGAACCGAUGGUUCAUUUUAUGACGCACACAGCUCAGACGGAUUCUUUAAAGUUUUUUCUGCACUCAAGCGACAAGUUUGACAUCAAUAUGUUAGAUGAAAAAAAAAGAACUGCUCUGCAUUUCCUCGUAAUUCGUCCAAUUUCUUCAAGCGACAACGAAAAAUGGCUACCUUUGAUUCAAGAGUUUCUCAAUGCGGGAAUUGAUAUUAAUCAGGAAGAUUCUGAUAAAAAAUUAGCCGUCGAAUGUUCAACAGGCCGCAAUUAUUUUUGUCUUUCAGAGAUUAAAAAACACAUUAUUAAAUUACUAUGUCUCGGGUGCGAUAUUUGUCCGAGAAAUCGAGCGGCUGUUCGUAACCCGCGGUACGAGAAAUUGAGAACUCGCUGUAAAGAAGAAAUUAAAGUUAUCAAAAAUACUUGCUUGAUUGAAAGCAAUAUUACUUAUUUGGACGUUUUAAAAAAAUCCGUGGAUGAUUUAAAGAUUGAACUAAGAGCAAUGGAUGUUGCGGAGAUCAUUAAAACUGAACUGCAACAGAUAUUUCCAAACUAUGGAGCGAUGAUUUAUUAUAAAUUACUGAGAGUUAUUCACAAGAUGAAAUUGACCAAAUGUGUUUUAUAA